AUGACGGUCCCGCGGAGGGGAGGGUACGAGAGGCGGGACCAAAGUCUUCCCCGCUUCUCGGCGCUGGUGAGUCCGGGACUAGGGCUGGAGAGAUCGCCGGGGAGCAUCGUCACCACUCCUGCACGGAGCCUCGCCUGGCCAAAUACUGCACAGUGCACACGUCGGGAUUGCAAAACAUUCCUGAGAAAUAUACCUGCUAUUUAUGGCAUGUGGCUGGUAACUUUACUCCUGCUGUAUUCUUUUCAAGAAGUGCACAGCGAGGAUGUGGUCUCGACGCGGCUGUACUUUGUGAAUGCUUCCCUGCAAAGAGUGACCUUCUCCAGCUCAGUGGGGGUGUCCCUGCCCUGUCCUGCGGGUGGCGCCCCCCAUGCCGUCCUCCGCUGGUACCUGGCCACCGGCGACGACAUCUACGACGUGCCACACAUCCGCCAUGUUCACGCCAAUGGCACGCUGCAGCUCUACCCCUUCUCCCCCUCUGCCUUCAACAGCUUCAUUCAUGAUAAUGACUACUUCUGCACUGCCGAGAACCAGGCCGGCAAGAUCCGCAGCCCUAGCAUCCGUGUCAAAGCAGUGUUCAGGGAACCUUACACGGUUCGUGUGGCGGACCAAAGGUCCAUGCGGGGCAACGUGGCCGUCUUCAAGUGCCUCAUCCCCUCUGCUGUGCAGGAGUACGUCAGUGUGGUGUCCUGGGAAAAGGACACCGUCUCCAUCGUCCCAG